UGAAGACUGUCAAACAUGUUUCAAUUUGGUUAAAGUAUAAAGUUUUUCAAUUAAAAGCUAUAUAAUUUAGUACUUCAUUGACAAACGAAAUGUAUAUAAUGUGAAAGCUUGUGUAUAACAAGUAAAAAGAAAACAAUGAAUUCAAAGGAGGAUCUGGAAGUCAAAGAGGAGGUUUUAAUGUCCCCUGAUACCAAUGCAAAUGUGAGCAAUGAUCACAGCAAGGGAGCAAUACCAAAAAAAAUAAAAUCACCAUUACAAAAGAAGACUAGAAAGUUAAAUAAUAACCUGGAUAACCUGUCAACAUUGAACAGUGAGGAAAACAGAAAAAUGAAUGGGAUAACAUCUUACAUCAAUUUACAACUACAAGAUGAACCAUCAUGCUCAAACUUCCAAAAUUAUUGCAAAUUUAACACAGAAGAUUCUUCAUCCAGUGAUGAAAAUGAUAUUUUGUCAGUAUCGGAUGAUGGCUGUAUCUACACUUACAAGGCAGAUUUACCAAGUUCGUUUUUUGCUUUGGAGAUUCCCCCAGAACCUGAACCUGUUAUAAUCCCUGCUAGAGAAGAAACUUCCAGCCCAGAAAUGGACUACUUGGAAAUGGAUUUUGAUCCAGGCAAUAAUGGAGAAGUGGAUACAAGUUCAGAAACUGACAAAGUUGAGGAAAAUGAUGUUCUUGAAGUUGAGCCAACCCCUUGCCCAAGUAAUUCUGUAAAUCAGGAAAAUUAUGAAAAUUUGGUAAAUGAGUCGGCAGAGGAAUAUCAUGAACAUGAAUCUGAUGUAUCAAUUAGUGUUAAUAAGGAUGAUCCAAUUAUGCCUUGGUCAUGUAAUGAAGCACAGAGAACAAAGUCACUAAGAUUUCGAUUUUCAAAGAGGAGCAGAAGUGAAUUAAGUUCUCCUAAUGAGAAUGUACCAUUUAUAAAAGGGGCACUGGUACAGAAUAAAAAUGAAAGUGAUGACGAAUUUGUGAAUAAUAUUACUGAUGCUAUGAUUUGGAGCUCUAAUGAUGCAGUUUUAAAACAAGGGAAUAAUACAUCUUCUGCUAUCACUGCUGUUAUGAAUGUGCUGAAUGCCUUAAGAUUUCCACUUCCACCAAUUGAUAAAAUUAAGGAAUGUAUGACUGAGAGGGUUAAGAAACCAGGAGCUUUAUCUUUAUGUGAAUAUUUAUUGACUCGUAGUGUAGCUGAAACAACACAGGAAGAAAUCAUUGAAGGACUGACUAAAUUAUCAAAUGGUAACAUUUAUGCAAGAUUUUUUCACAUGUAUCCAGAACGCAUAGUUAACUUGUACAAGUGGUUGGAGUUUUGGAUUAAGAAUGGUGCAGUACCAAUUGCCACUUUAAACUUGCAGAGGUGCCUGGGUUGCAUUCCUGAUACAUGGCAUCAUCAGAUGAUCUAUGGAGUUGACAAGAAUGGUGUUUAUUUAACGAAUCCUUUGGAAUACGUUGAUGCCGGUUUGCUGUGGCCACAACUUUGCUCCGAGUCUGUUCUACUUAUAAAACGAGAAGAUAUCUUGUCGAGGUGGAAUUUUCGAACCGAUUUGCCGGAGUUGAUGCAGAUUAAAGAUAUCCGAUGGAGGAGGAUCAAUGUUGUCGGUCAAGUUGCCAAUAUGAUACAUGAAAGUAAUCGUGAAUUGAAACCAGGUUUCACAAACACUUCGCACAUCCGAAUUCCAUCCUCGCAAUCAUCGGGAAUAACUUUGGCUGCUCCUAUAAACUCGACGGCGUACGCCCUUUUAAAACAGUGCCGAGAGCUACCAUUCUUGGAUCCGGCAGAAGCGAACAACACUUUGACGUACUCAUAUUAUUGAAGGUGAUAAAAAUGUGUAUAUAAUAUUAAAACUAAUUCAAUGAUUUCCAUUGUGAUAAUGAAACAAGAAACAUCUUUUAGAUAGAGUAGUGCCAUUUUUUUUAUAUUUUGUUUACAGUAACUUAAAGACAAAAACACCUAUGUUCUAUUUUAAUGAACCAAAGAUUGAAACUAAGGCAGAAAGUUUAUGUAUGUAAUGAGACAAUAUUACCCACAAUAUUAUAAAUCUCUAUAUGGAGCUUUAUGAUUUAGCCAAUUGUAUGUGAGCACACUGAAUAUUUCUUAAUUUUGUUUAUUACACAUACAAAAAGCGUAUAUAUUUACUGUAUAUAA